AUGGCCAUCGCCGGCCGCGCCGUGUUCGUCUUCUUCUUUGCCGUCGUCGCCGUGUUCGUGUGCGCCUCCUUCAUUUCCGUGUGCACCCUCGAGGUCAAGAUAUGGUGGCAAUCGCCACGGAUGCGCCUCUUCAGGCUCGGCGGCGUCACCACCCUGAGGCGGAAGCUGAACUACACCUGCACCCUGUGCCAAGACAGCAUGGAGGCCGGCGAGAAGGUCCGCACGCUCUCCUGCGACCACGCGUUCCACUGCGGCGGCAGCGUCAAGUGCCAGAACGGCAUCGACCAAUGGCUUCGCACUGGGCCGAGGACGUCCUGCCCGAUCUGCCGCCAGGAUCCCCAUCCCGUGCUGCCGUGGAAGCGGCCACCGCCAUCGUCGCCACCGCCGUCUUCGACAGCAUCGGCGUCGACGUCGACGUUGGAUUUGGAGGAGGCGUUGCUUCCGGCGCACUGGUUCGACGAAGCACUACCGGAGGCGUCGUCAUCAGCAUCGGCGCCACCGCUAGCGCAGUUGCCGCGGACGUCGACGCCGGAUUUGGCGGAGGUGUUGCCGCUUCCGGCGGACGACGAAAUACUACCGGACGCGUCGUCAUCGCAGUAG